GAUUGAAUCUUUUUUCUUCCUUUCAAGUAAUUUGAUUUAAGUAUUUGAAGAAGAACUUCAAUGGCCAUUACCGAUCUAAUAUCCCAUCAAGCCAACUAAACCCAAAUUCGAUUUGGAUGUUCAAAUCAUUUCAAACUAUCUGUCAAUUCCAAACUAACUUAGGAGAAUUGACUACUGCCCCAAGACUGCGAUCAACAGUAACUUAGGAGGUUCAUCAGGUCGAUCCCAUACCCUGUCUGCGAUUUGUUUGGCAGUAGGGACCUUGUGAAUGAUUUGGAUUCCUUUACCUAAUUUAAUUGCAAUCAAAGCCGUUGUACGAACUCUUGAACUUAGGUUUAGUGACCGAUUUGAUAGUCAAAGGUCUACAUAUCAAUCAGACAAGCCCAAAUGGUAUCUCGAUCAAAAACUUCAUCAACUAGAAGAACAUGAAAGUUCUAUGAGAAACAAUAUUCAAAACCUAAUGAAUAUGAAUGGAUAUAAUCAUUUAGAUGUGAUGACUGAAUUUUCACCUUUAUUAAUGUCUAAGGCUGGUUUAGCAGCUUACUGCAAUUUUGUGUGAACAUUGAGCAGCCUUCCUUGACCAACGGGAACAGGGACAUCACAACCUAAACCAUGUCUUCUUCAACUGACUUCACUUUUCGAAGAACUGGCUCUAAUCGUCAAUCAACAUCAGCCAAUGAUAGACAAGUAUCAUGGUCCUCGAUCGAUGGUCACUGUUGUUACCUGACUUAAUAUGGAACUAGAUCGGAAUGCUAACAGGAUACUAGCGGAUUGUGAGGAAGAUCAAAGAAGAACCAAUGAAAUCGAUUGGUAAAAUUUGAUUUGACAGUGGAUCGUACGAGUUCCAUCAACUUCUGCAAGUAUAGGACCAUGUUUUGAUGUAUUGGGAUUAGCUUUAUCACUUUAUUUAACUGUCAACUUACAAAUUGAUUCAAACUCAACAUCAAAAUUAACUUAACUUAUGAAGGUUUAGGAUCAAAUGAAGCACCAAAAGAUCCAUAUCAAAAUUUAAUGACAAGAGUAGCAUCAUACAUCUUACAAUCAAACAAAAUCAAAUCAUUUCCAAAUGGAUUAACACUUCAUAUCGAAAAUCAAAUUCCAUUUGGACGAGGAUUAGGUUCAUCAGGUGAAGUGGUGAUUGCAGGAGUCAAAUUAGGCAACAUUUUAGGAAAUUUCAAUUUAACCAAGAAAUUAUAUUAUGCAUUGAUGGUAGAAAGAGAUCCAGAUAAUGUAACAGCUGCCGUAUUAGGAGGAUUUGUAGCAUCUUAUUUAAAAGAAUUAUUGCCGGAAGAUUUGUAUGUAAUCUCGAUCCCAUUAGCCCAAGUUUUACCUGAAUUUCCAAUCGAUGAAAUGCUUCUUUGGUUAGAAGGGUCUUACACCAAACAACUUUCUCAACUCUUCUCAGCAACGGUCAAUAUGCUUUCAAGACCAUGGGACACUCAAAUCCAAAACCCGAAAUUUACAGAAUUAGGAUCCAUAAGAUGUUACUCAGUUACCUUUCUUAAUUUAACCCCGAUGAACUGUCAUAUACCACCUUAGAACAAUAGAAGUGAAUGGAUGUCUCUCUGAAAUUACAAGCACAAAAGUAAAUGAUGAAAUGACUUUACAUCAUUUUCUUCAUCACAGUUGUCCUUUUCAUUCUGAAACUGUAAGCUGAGACAAUUCAAGUCAACACCAUUCAU